UUUUUGGAUUUUCUAUAAUAAUAAUUUUUGUUUUCACUUCAUCUCCUUUCUCUUUCAAUGUCCGUUGGUAACAGACGAAAGAAGUUUCAGACAUAACACACUCUUCUCUAGUUUCUCUCUCUCUCUAAGCAAUUCAGCAGACAAGACAGUGAUGAUAUAAUCCAGAGACAAGAUAGGAGGAUUACUCAUCGUUUCUUCUCAUGAAUCUCUCCGCCGACCAAGCUUCCGUCGCCGACGAAAUUAUUCCGCCGCCUCAACCGCAUCGCUUAUCAACAUCAUGUGAUCUCCACCCAGACGAACGCUUCUCCGGUUUCUGUCCUUCCUGUCUAUGCGACCGCCUCUCCGUCUUAGAUCACAACGCCGCUCCGCCUCCGUCUUCCUCCCGCAAACCUCCCACUAUCUCCGCCGCGGCCUUGAAAGCUCUCUUCAAGCCUUCCUCCAGUGGUACUAACAACAACCCCUCCAAUGGGAACGGUCGGGUCCGACCCGGUUUCUUCCCGGAGCUCCGGCGUACUAAGUCGUUUUCAGCGAAGAACAACGAGGGGAUCCCUAGUGCGUUUGAGCCGCAACGUCGGUCUUGUGACGUCAGACUCCGUGACGUUCCAACCAAAGAAGCUGACACCGUCGGUAGAAUCGAGGACGAGACUAGGAAGUCUAGCGUGAGCGAGACUGUUUUAGAAGUUAACGAAGAAACUGAAAUUGAGGAGGUAGCAGAAGAUGGUGGCCACGCUGAGAUCGUGAAAGAUUCCGACGAAAUUGUCGAGGAAGAAGAGGAAUUGAAGCCGAUGAAGGAUUACAUGGAUCUCUGCUCACAGACAAAGAAACCGUCGGUGAAAGACUUCGCCGGGAGUUUCUUCUCGGCGGCCUCUGUUUUCAGCAAGAAGCUUCAGAAAUGGAGGCAGAAGCAGAAGGUUAAAAAGCCGAGAAGCGGUGGAGACGGCGGAGGAGGACGGCCACAGUCCGAGAUCGGAUAUGGCCGGAGAUCCAGCGACACGGACCCGAGGUUCUCGCUUGACGCCGGGAGAUUCUCCGUCGACAUCGGUCGGAUUUCGAUGGACGAUUCACGCUACUCGAUCGACGAGCCAAGAGCAUCGUGGGAUGGUCACUUGAUCGGCAGAACGACGGCGGUUAGAGUUCCUCCGCCGCCAUCGAUGUUAUCAGUGGUAGAAAACGCUCCGGCGAAUCGAUCAGACAUGCAGAUUCCAAUACAAGAACCGUCGAUUAAUCCGACUGACGGUGAAUCGGAUCCGAUAAUCAUAAUCCCAGGCGGAUCGAAUCAAACGCGAGACUACUACACUGAAGCUCCGUCGUCACGGCGACGUAAGAGCCUCGACAGAUCCAAUUCAAUUAGAAAAAUUGCGACGGAGCUAGACGAUGUCAAAUCGGUGUCGAAUUCGAAGGUAUCUCCGGCGACACCGAUAGAAUCAAACUCCAUGGAAACAGAGGAGAACAAAGGGAAUCAAAACGGCGAGAAGAAAUCGAGACGGUGGGGGAAAUGGAGCAUUCUAGGGUUUAUAUACAGGAAAGGUGUUAACAAAGACGAUGAAGAAGAAGAUAGGUAUAGCAGAUCGAACAGUGCCGGAAUGGUUGAGAGGUCCACAUCGGAAUCGUGGCCGGAGAUGAGGAACGGAGAAGGAGGACCGAAGAUGAGGAGGAGUAACAGCAAUGUGAGCUGGCGAAGCUCCGGCGGAGGAUCCUCAAGGAAUAAGAGUUCGAGGUACUCGUCAAAGGAUGGAGAGAACGGUAUGUUGAGGUUUUAUUUGACACCGAGCUGGAGAACAGGUGGUGGGAGUGGCGGCGGAGGCGGUGGUGGUGGGUGGGAGAAGACGGCGGCUCGAGCAAAUAGUCACGGCCACUCUAUAGCCAGGAGGGUUAUGAGGCUGUAUUGACCAAAUUGUCCCUCUUCUUUUUUAAUUAUUGGGAGCAAUGUGAGGUUUUGGUUUGGGGUUGUCUCAAUUUUCUUUGUGAAUAAAUUGGUUAUCUCUACUUAACCGGAGUUAUUCAGACCAAAAUUGAAACGGGUCAAUUUCGAAUGUGUGAUAUAAACCCCCUCAAAACCUAAGUACAGUACUCGGAACUUUUGAGCUAUAGCUCUCAUCUCACUCCGCCGUCGUCUUUCACCACAUUCUCCGACUUAUGAUUGUUGUGUUCCUCGGCCUGAUUCCGUUGCAAGAAUGCAACUAGCAGAAGAUUAAUAAACAGAGAAAGGUAUGGAUAGUGUAAAAGCUUGAAAUGUGGGUGAUGCAAUGUAAGUGUUCGGCGAAAUGUCUGAGAGAAGGUUAUGUAUUAUCUCUUGCUAGUUUAGCUUAAGGUAUGGAUCGUGACUCAGGAUUAAUUAGGUGAGUUAACACUAUUAUCUUUAUAGGCCCUGGCCAGCUGAGCUUAUUUCUCGUGCUUAGCAUCAAAAAUCAACCUGCAUUACUAUCCUUUUCUCUUAAUUUUAAGCAACUACAGCUAAGUCUGAGUUCGAGCCCUUCUGUAUUAUCAGUAUUGAAUCUUGAAGUAGCUUAAACAAUCAUAACAGACAACUCCGGUUUUCAAAUACGAUUGGUUUUUGCGUGAGCAGCACAAGCAUCUGGAUGACACACAUUGGUCUUGGUGGUUUGAAUAAACAUCACUGAGAUCUGUUGUUUUACGAUGCAAAAGCAAAUGUAAAAGUAGCUUGACGUAUCAAACCCAAGUGUUAAGUUUCAAACUUGGGUCUAUUAAUCAAGUUAUAUGUUCUUUGUAGCCUCAA